UCCAUCUCUAUCCUCUUACGAAUCUCCAUACUUUUUCCCCACUAUAUAUACUCCUCAUUGCUGACCUUCAUUUUGUCCCUCCAUUUCUGCCUUUCAACAUUCAUACACAAUCUGCCAUCUUUCCCAUAGCCUUUUUCUUCCAAAGGUUUGAAAACAGAGAUGGAGAGGUUGAACUCAAAGCUGUACAUGGAGAACUGUUUGAUCAUGCAAGAGAAUGAAAAGUUGAGGAAGAAAGCUCAGCUUCUUAACCAAGAAAACCAAGCAUUGCUUUCCCAGCUCAAACAGAGGUUAACCAUGGGGGAUCAAAAUGUCAAUAACACCCCUAACUCCUUCACUGAUCUCAAUCUCUCUGGCACCACCAAUCAUGCUUCUUCCAGUUCCAGGAAGCCAUGAAGAAGACCAGUGAAAUGACUAAAAAGGACACAAAUUACCUUUUGUUAACUCCCAAACCCCCCUUAUUUUGGUUCUGGUUUUUAUGGGAAUGACAAUAGGGAUCGAAUUUUAGUGUCUACAUAUUUUGAAGUUUCAGUUAUUAUAUGUAGAUAGGGAUGUUAGGGGGUAAUAUUGGUAUUUUAGUAUUUCUGUAUGGGAGUAUAUUAUAUGAUAUCAGUU